UGCGUCUACGUGUUUUCGGAAUUCGGAUUCUAUCUCCUCUCCGGAUUUUUUGGAGAAAGCGAACAUCGUAAUCAAACUAUAAUCGUGAUUUUAGGUCAAAGUUUUUUACUGUCCGAGUGAUCAAGUGACCAAGUUUUAUAGCUAAAAUGUCCCCCCACCGUGAGCCUACAGUAGUGGGAGUGCAAAACUUCAAUGCAGCGGAGGAUGCUGCGGCCCUGCGAGCUGCCAUGAAGGGCUUCGGCACUGACGAGGAAGCCAUCAUAGCCAUCUUGACCACCCGCUCCAACGCACAGCGUCAGGCCAUCUCACAGGCCUUCACCCAUGAGUAUGGAAGGGACAUAAUUGAAGACCUGAAGUCGGAGCUGGGCGGGCACUUCGAGGACGUGAUCAUCGCGCUGAUGACGCCGCCGGCGGAGUACCUGUGCCGCGAGCUGCACCACUGCAUGGAGGGGAUGGGCACCGACGAGCAGGUGCUGGUGGAGAUCCUGUGCACGCGCACCAAACCGGAGAUAGCCGACAUCGUGGACUCGUACGAGAGACUGUACAAUCGUCCGCUAGCGGAGCACAUGUGUUCGGAAACCUCGGGCGACUUCCGGAGACUGUUGACCCUCAUCGUCACUUCUGUCCGCCAGGGGGCGCGCGACGAGGAGGCUGGCGUGGACCACGCACGCGCGGCCGAAGCCGCCCAGCAGCUGUACGACGCGGGGGAGGCCAAGUGGGGCACUGAUGAGGAGAUUUUUAAUAAGAUCCUGGCGCACGAGAGCUUCGCGCAGCUGCGGCUCAUCUUCGAGGCGUACAAGGAGCUGUCGGGGCGCACCAUCGAGCAGGCCAUCAAGGCGGAGAUCGGCGGCGAGCUCAAGGACGCGCUGUCCGCCAUCGUGGAGUGUGUGGAAAACGCUGCUGCGUGGUUCGCACAGCGUCUGCGCAGCGCCAUGCAGGGCGCCGGCACCGAGGACAAGACACUGGUGAGGAUCAUCGCGAGCCGCGCAGAGAUAGACCUCGGCGCCAUCAAGAGGGAGUAUGAGCGCCUCUACGAUAAAACGUUGGAGAGCGACAUAUCGCAGGGCGAGACUUCCGGUGACUACAAGAGGGCGCUGGUGGCGCUCCUGGGGCCAGCCUAGACCACAGGGAACUGAGCCCUGGGGGUCCGUUUGCACUACAGGGAACUCAUGGAGCUCUGAUGUCUGUCUACACCACAGGGCACUGACGGAACCUUGGGGCCUUAAGUAGUGUCUCGUGAAAAAUGUAUGCAGCUUUUUGUAGUGUGUAAGAUUGCUUUGUACGAAUCUCCUUUACUCCCUAGUGAAAAAAAGUAUUUGAAAUUUUAAUUUGUAUAAUGGUUAUAAAAAUAAAUAUAAUUUUUAUUAUAUUGUA